UACGCAGGCGUGUUUGGCGGGGAGCGAAUUUGGCGUCGGUCCCGAGGCCCUCCUCAGUCUCUGGCUACGGCUGCAGCGCAUGGCGGCGCCAGGACAUCCUGCUCGGGAGACAUCGGCAGCCCCAGGGCACCCUACGUGCAGUGACGCUGUCUCCAGGACCAAGAAGCAAAAGAAAAAGAAGAAAACCCGGAAUGGGGCCUCUGCGGCGAAUGGAGGCGGGAAGGCCACAGAAACGCCGGCCCCAGAGGAAGCCCCCCUCAGUGCGGAGGCCCAGGCGGAGCAGCUGGCCCGGGAAUUGGCCUGGUGCGUGGAAAAGCUGGAGCUGGGGCUGAAGAUGCAGAGACCCACCCCUAAGCAGAAAGAGCAAGCUCUUGGGGCAAUCCGAACCCUGCGCAGCCAAAGAACCCCCCUGCCCCGGAAGAGGCAGCUGAUGCGCUCCUUGUUCGGGGACUACAGGGCUCAGAUGGAAGCUGAGUGGUGCGUGGCCCUGCGGGCUCUCAGGACUGCUGCCCACUCAGUCCAGUUGCAGCCUGUAGGUGAGGCCGCCAGAAAGAAGAGCCGAAGGGUCUGCAGGCCUCGUCUAACAGGGAGAGCCAAGGACACCCUAGACACUCCUUAUGAAGAGUUUAGGUUCAAUUUCUUUUAGCCUGUUCCCCAUUCUGGAACGGUCCUCCUCUGCAGUUGGUGCAGGGGUUUGUCUUGAGUGCAGAGCUUUCCCAGGAAUGCUUUGUCAGACAGAUGUGGGGUUGCUCUGUCCCUGGCUGGUCAGUGAAUCUGGUGCCAUGGCUGUUGGGCAGAUGCAAGACCUGCAUGUUGGGUACUGACCUGACUGUGAGACAAGCCCAGGACCCCGUUUAUAGGUUUUCAGCUGAAAUGUCUCUCCUGCCAGAAGAGGGAGGUCCAUUCAGAAGUUUCUACAGUAAACUGAAGUGAGUGUUUAGCAUGUUGUAGAAGGACUCUUUUAACAGGCUUAGGAGCAGACUAGGUAGAUGUUGGUGAUAAGGAUUAGUGGGGAAGCUAUGUAGUUGUACACUGGUGCUCACUUAUGGAAGGAUGUUCUGUCAAGUGGUGUAGAGCUCCAUGCCAUUGUGUCACAUUGCCAUAAUAAAAGUAUUCCUCAUAGAA